GAGAUAUCUUGUGAUCUUCAUGGACUUAAGAAUACGGAACACGAAAAUGAGUUAUAUUAGGAGGGCAUGCAGUGCCAAAAACACAAGGGUUACCCUUUUCAACGGCAUCAAAUUUGGCUUUCAUUGGUUUCUUAAAAAAAGUGUGCACGAAGUAGUGUGUAGUGAAUGAAGGUAACGCGUUAGAGGAUAUUGAAUCAUCUAAAAUGGGUUUUGGUCGAACUUCGACCUCGAGAAGUGGAGAUUACUUGGAAGGGAUGCUUAAUGACUAUGUUGGAGGAAGAAACAAAGUGAAGGCUCAGAAAGUUUCCUCCACAAAGUUUGUUGCAGCACUCACUUGUCUUCAGUUUUUCUUUGCAGUUUAUGCAACAUUCUUAUUGUAUUACAUGGGGCCUUCCAUUGAUUUAAGAACCAAACCAGAGUUCACAUGGGCUACCAAAAUUGCCCAACAGUGGAAACAACUUAUGAUCACACCCCACGUUAUUGGCCGCUACCAAGAAGCUGCUUCCUCUCUCGUCAUGGAGGGUGUUCUUCCCACAAGUCCGUCACAGGUGUGUGAGAAUGAGAAGAUAGACUUCCAGCAAAAGAAGUCCAAUGAUGUCCAAAUGAUCAAGUUAAAGAGAGAUUUAUACGAUGAGGUGUUGAACUUCCAAAGCAAAACAUUUGGCACUGAGACUCUUCAGGAGCUUAUGGCAAUGAAAUCUAAAUGGGACUUGAAGGGUCCAAACAGCCCAAAAAUCACUGUAUUGCUGAACCACUUCAAGAGAAAGACACUCUGUGCUCAGCUUGAUUCUUUGCUCCAACAGACCCUUCCUUUCCAUCAUGCUUGGGUUCUUUCAUUUGGGAGCCCCAAUGAGGCCUCAUUGAGGAGAAUUGUGGAGACCUAUAAUGACUCAAGAAUCAGCUUCAUAAGCUCAAGCUAUGAUUUCAAGUACUAUGGAAGGUUCCAAAUGGCUCUUCAGACUGAUGCUGAUCUUGUGUACGUUAUUGAUGAUGACAUGAUUCCUGGAAGGAAGAUGUUGCAGAUUUUGGCGCACGUGGCUGGGACAGAAAAAUACAAGAAUUCUGUUUUGGGGAGUAUUGGAAGGAUUUUGCCUUUUAGACAGAAGGAUUUCACGUUUCCAAGUUACAGAAAAUUUCGAUCUAAGGAAGCAGGGUUGUAUUUACCCGAUCCUGCUUACGAUAUCACAGUUGAUAAAAUUGUGCAGGUGGAUUUUCUAUCUAGUUCAUGGUUUCUCUCUGCUGAUCUUGUUAAGACACUGUUCAUUGAGACACCUUUUACCUUCUCAACUGGUGAAGAUCUGCACCUCAGCUAUCAGCUUCAGAAGUACAAAAAUGCUGGUUCCUUUGUUCUUCCAGUAGACCCUAAGGACAAGGAAACUUGGGGAGAUAGUGAACACAGGCUUGCAUAUGUAUCUGAAACCACAGUGAUUUUCAAGGACAUAGUUCAGGUCAGAGAUGAUCAAUGGUGGAAAGCACUAUCCACUGGUUAUGUGACUCAAUGGGCUGCAAUGUACCCACAAAAAGUUGAUGCACUCUUCUAUGCUCACUCGGUUGAUGAAGUGAAAGUGCUGGCACCACUUCUUGAAAAAUUUAGGUCCACAGUUGGCAAGAAGGCCUACAUUGUUGUCUCUGGAGGCAGUUUCUGCACUUGUGAAGAUGCUGCAACAGCUCUCAAAUGGCCUACAAUGGUCUGCAAAGAACGUCGAUUCAAGAUUUUUGAUUUGGCCAUUGGAUCACUUUCUGGGGUAUCAGACUCAGAGGCACCAGUGAUACACGCAGUGUAUACCAGCAUGAAGGGUUUGAUCAAAAUUCACAACCCCAGUGUAGUGAUCACUGUUGCUGACAUUAACCCUCAUGUGAGAAAAGCUCUUAAGAUGGCCUCAGAAACCAACUCAAACGCUACCACAUUGGUUCUUUUACCCAGGGCAUCAGUGUCUCAAGUUCUCUGGAUGGCUGAUCUGCGUUCAACAGCAUUACCAAAUUGGAAUCGGAUGAGGAUUUCUGUGAACAUCAUCACCCAAAACAGAGCCAAUUCACUAACAAGGCUUCUGAAAUCUCUAAGCAAUGCCUACUAUCUUGGAGAUGAAAUUCCCAUUACCUUCAACAUGGAUAGCAGGGUAGAUGAGGAAACUAUAAGAGUAGUAGGUUCAUUUGAGUGGCCUCAUGGACCCAAAACCCUGAGAAGGAGAAUAAUCCAAGGUGGUCUCAUUCGUGCUGUGAGUGAAAGUUGGUAUCCAUCAUCAGAUGAUGACUUUGGUCUCCUACUGGAAGAUGACAUUGAAGUUUCCCCUUACUACUACCUAUGGAUCAAAUAUGCACUCAUGGCUUACCACUAUGACCCUCAAGUUUCUCUCCCAGAGCUCUCCUCCAUCUCCCUCUACACUCCAAAGCUCGUUGAAGUUGUCAAAGAGAGACCAAAAUGGAAUGCCACAGAAUUCUUCAAACACAUUCACCCCAACACACCUUACCUUCACCAAUUACCAUGCAGCUGGGGGGCAGUGUUCUUCCCCAAGCAUUGGAGAGAGUUCUAUGUAUACAUGAACAUGAGGUUCACUGAGGAUGCCAAAUCCAACCCUGUUCAAAUUCCAAAAUCUAGAACAAAUGGAUGGCAGGCUUCAUGGAAGAAGUUCCUGAUAGACAUGAUGUACCUGAGAGGGUAUGUCAGUCUCUACCCAAAUUUCCCUCAACAAUCAAGCUUUUCAACCAACCAUAUGGAGCCAGGGGCACAUAUCAGUGCAAAAGACAACGUUGUUAAGCAUAACAUACAGGACUUUGAGGUGCCACUACUGAAAGAAGACUUCAGAAACUUGUUGCCAGCAAUGAAGAUGCCUCCAGCAUCAAAGCUCCCAUCUUUAAACCUCUUCAAUCAACCAGUUUCUCUGAAGGGUCUCAAAGCUGCUGGAGCUAAGCUGGGACAGGAUGUGCUAAGAUGCAACAAUGUCACUGAGGUUGUGGCUGUUGAUCAAGACACGGGUCUACCUCGUACCUGCUCCAAAUUCUGAAAGACUUCGUUAUUUUGAUUAAUUAAUUAAUUAUUCUUUGUUGUUUUCUUUUUUUUUGUCUGAUGCUCAAGUUAAGAAUGAUUUGUAGUACUAUGGUUUUAAAUUAAGUGGAAAAUAGGAUCAGCAAUUUUGCUGUUUGGGGAAUAAGAAUGAGGUAACUCAUGUUUUCCCAAGAGGCAAUCCCAGAGAUACAAUUGUAAUUAAUUGUUGAUAUUCAUAAAUUACUAUGUUAAGAUUUUCUGC